UUGGCUCGCUCCGCCCCUGCAUGAUUGCAUAUCAGUACUAGCCGAAAGCGCGAUGAGCACUUUUUUAUUUUGGGGGCUGAGGUCGAAAGUAUACCAGCCUGUUGUUCGUCGUGACCAGUGCUUGGCGAUUUGGACAACACAUUGCACACUGUAACUGGAAUCAAUAACGUUACUUUCUUUGUGGUGACAGCGGUACGUCGCAGUCCGGAGAUUCAGAAGAGGAGAUAGGGGAAUGGCAGACCGCAUGAUGGCUAUGAACCAUGGACGAUUCCCCGAAGCUGUAAAUGGUCUUCAUCAUCACCACCCUGCACGGAGAAUGGGAAUGGGUCAGUUUUCAAAUCCACAUCACCAUCAGCAGCAGCAGCAGCAGCAACAGCAGCAGCAGCAUGGCUACAACGGGUUAAUGGCAGAUCAUUUGCACUACGGCGGGGGCAAUGUGAACUCGAAUCACGGAAUCCGACAUUCUAUGGGGUCUGGGAAUGUAAGCGGGGGGCAUCCGAGCGGUAACAUGCCUCCCGCCGUGCGCUACAAUUCUCAAUACGUGGGACCCGCAGUCAACAGUCAAGGACAGCUCGCUGCCAGUAUGCAGUUGCAGAAGCUGAACACACAGUAUUACACCCACCACACGCAUCAAUCUCAUAUUCAUUAUAUGUCCGAGUUGCAUCCUGCGAACCAUCAGAUAAACGGACCAGGACAACAGUUCAGAGACUGCAAUCCAAAACACAGCACCUCCAGUUUGCCUCCACCGGCGCACCAUGUGCCUGCAGCAAUACUGCCCCCCAACGUCAUUGACACGGAUUUUAUUGACGAGGAGGUCUUGAUGUCUUUAGUCAUAGAAAUGGGAUUGGACCGCAUAAAGGAACUACCAGAACUGUGGUUGGGCCAAAACGAGUUCGAUUUCAUGACAGACUUUGUUUGUAAGCAGCAGCCAAGCCGAGUGAGUUGUUAAUCUCGCCAAGUGGACUUAUUUUACAUUUUGUUCAAACGGACUACUAAAACAUUCCUUCGUUUUGUUUGAUUUGCAUACAGUGUGUAUCAAAUGGAAUACGUCUGCAGCGCGUUCGUGACGGGAUUUAGCUCUCGUGUGUUUAAUAACGAUUUAUUACAGUAAAAUGUAGUAGUACUUACUGCACACCACUGGUGACAAGGAGGAUGGUGUGUUUGACUUGUUGGGUUGUACUGCCAUCGCGGAUUACGUUUUGUCAGAAGGAUACGUGCUAUCAAAGUUUAUGCUAUGCAUUAUGAAUUAAUUUAAGAACAUUGUAAUAUGAAGAAAAUAAACAGGGGAGGCCUAUAAUCAAGUGGCGUUCUUUUCAAAGGAAAAGGAAAUGUUGAAAUGCUGUGCUAGCUCAAAUAUUUAUUUUCCUGCAUCAUUUAAACAUUGGAUUAGAGUGGUUAAGUAAUAUAAAAAUUCAAAUAAAUGCAUCAUUCUAAAUUAUGUAAGUGGAUGCUUGUAGGCAAGUACUGUGUUAAUUGUUCCGGACAAUAAUAUACUGUAAAAUUUAGUGGCCAUAUAUUUACCAGAUAUCUGUGCUGUUAAAUGAUUUGUCUGAUUACCAAGGAAGAAAACUGCAAGAUGGGUGUUGUUGUUUUUUUUCCCCCUCCCUCUGAAACUAGUCUCUGAAAUGUAUUGUCUGUAAUCACUGAUGCCCUUGCUCAGAAUGAGUCUCUUGGUUUUGGUUCGGUAACAUUCAUAUACGAUUCACGGAGGUCACUGGAAUUUCUAAGUUCGGAACUCCAGUAUGGUGGGAGGAGGGGUGACGUGUUCGCGUUCUUCAUGCUCAAAUGUGUGCUGUCUCUAAAAGGACAGAAUGGUUAGUGGAAAUGUAUACACAUCCCUGAGUGUUUCACACCCUCCCCCACUCUUUUUAUGUAUUGACAGUAAAUGGUGUGGAAUGUUGACAGAGCAAGAGAAGAUCAUGUCACAGGGUUCCUCUUCCUCAUUGGUUUUCAGAUUUACACCACUGUGCUUAUUUAGUUUAAUGCGAUAUAUGGCAAUACUACUGUGUUGAAGCUUUCUAGGAAAGGUUGACAGUAUUUUUGUACAUUUUUUAGAAGAAAAUGUUAAUUUAUUAUAUUUUAAUUUGCAAACAUAAAUAAAGGCUGCUGAAAUGCAUUAUUAA